UGGCUAUGGCAACCCAGUUUGUCAAUGAUAUUGGUUGGUGUUAUUUCGCUGUCAUUAGCAAUUUUUAUUAAUUUUAAAAUAUUAGGAAAGACCUUGUAGUAAAAAACAAUCAAUUAAACAAACACUCUCUCGUGCCGUUCGAACGAAAACUUCGUGUUAUAAGUUACAAGCGCUCGAUAAAUAACUGUGAUAGGCAUCGGUGUUAUGGGAAGUGUUAGUCAUGAAACACUGGCGUGUAUUUAUUGUUUUGUGCUUCUAUUUGUGUGUUAUUAAACCUUCAAGCUCCGAUAGACCCGAAUCCAUCCCGCUGCUGAAGUCCAACUCAACAUCGGAACAAAAAGUAUGGAACAUAAAACUUGAUAUUUUCUUUUCUAAAACAUUACCUGCCGUUAUCACCAGAGCCCCUAAAAGUGAUGUCCGUUUCAAAUGCGAGGCGAUAAUGAAUUAUACGAAGGUUGAAAAAUAUACGAAGAGUAAGGAAGGCACUGCAACCUUGUUAAAAGAAGCACCCCCUGAUCAUAUACAGCAGAAACUGUUAGAAAAUGUAAAAGUGUACUGGUUAAAAGACAAUAGAAUAAUAGAUGAUAAUUCAACACUCAGGAUGAAAAUAACUACUAAAAUCGAUAAGACUAAUGGCACCAUAGGUACAAAUCUGAGAAUUAAGGACCUAGCUUUAUCUGAUAAAGGUAACUACACUUGUGUGAUCAAACAGAAUUAUGAAAAGAAACAAACAUCACAAUUAAAAGUUGAACAAGGUAUUGAGAACUAUGAGAUUCCCACAUAUGCAUCACUGUUCCCUAAUACAGAUAUCUACAGCCAACUGGAUAUUAAUGUUCAGUCUACACCUGGCUUGUUAUCAGAAAAUAUACAGACACUGAAUACAAAUGUAACUAAUUCUACUGAACCACAAAAAUUAGAGCCAAUAUGUCAGGAAUACUUGGGCAGGGUUUGUGCUGAGCAUCUAAAAGGACAGUUUGUUUACAUACCUUAUAAUACAAGUCAGGCAGCUCUUGAAGACAAAUUAUUGAAAGCUUUCCAAGUAACUAAGUACUCCAAUGAUAUAAGUCCUCGCUGUGAAGGGUAUGCUGUUCCUAGUCUCUGUUAUUCAACGUUUCCUAUUUGCAGAGAUCCUUUUAUAACAAACAGAAAAUUCUACAGAGAGACCAAAAAGCUCUUCUCUAUCCAGACAGAUUCUUCCAUUAAAGAUAAUGAGGAUGACUUACCAGAAAUAGUUUUUGAGAACUUGCCUUUGGGUAAAUUGCCCAGCAUGUACACAGAUUCAAACAGUUCAUUUGCAGCAAUGUUUAAUUUCCGAUAUAAUUCAACUGUGCUGAGACGUGUCUGCAAACAAGACUGUGAGAUAUUGGAGAAUGAACUGUGCCAGAAAGAGUAUGCCAUAGCUAAAAGACAUCCUCAUAUAGGACAGCAGUUAACCCUUGAAGAGUGUCAGGAUUUGCCAGAAGAUGACCCUGACUGUCUAAGGAUUAGCAUUGGUGCAGUAAUGGUAUCUGACGAUGAAUGCUACUGGGAAAAUGGCAGUGGAUACCUAGGCAGGGUUAAUGUAGCAGACAAUGGGAUGCCUUGUAUUGAAUGGUCUAAACAGUUACAUGUCACAUUGUCAGACUUCCCUGAACUCGCUGGAACACACAGUUACUGUAGAAACCCUGGAGGAGUUAGGGAGCAGCCCUGGUGCAUCAUAGAAAAAGAUGGCAAAACAGAUAAACAUCUUUGUGACAUUCCAAAAUGUGCUCACAAAAUCUGGAUUUACAUUGUUAUAGUUUUUCUUGUCUUGACUCUGACAAUUAUUGCAUUUAUUAUUUGCUUAUGUUAUAGACACAAAAAUAAAAAUAAUGCUGCCACAAUUAGGGAUAUAAAUUUACCGAACGCUGAUAAGAACAUCUAUGGCAAUUCUAGACUGAAUUCACCAAUAGAAAUGAGUGAAUUGUUGACAAAUAAUAUUGCUAAUCAGCCUCAUCUGACAAGAAACACUCGAGGCAAUGGUGUGCUCCGCAUUCCACAAUACUCACUCUCUCAAAUAAAGUUCUUAGAAGAAUUGGGUGAAGGGGCCUUUGGCAAAGUGUAUAAGGGCGCUCUGAAAAAGAAUGGUGAAACACAAUUUGUGGCAGUGAAGGCAUUGAAAGAGAACGCUUCAGCUAAAACACAGGCAGACUUCAGAAGAGAAAUAGAUUUGAUUUCUGAGUUAACCCAUGACAACAUAGUUUGUAUUGUUGGUGUAGCAUUGAGUGAAGAACCCUUAUGCAUGUUGUUUGAGUUUAUGGCUCGCGGAGAUCUUCACGAGUUCCUGAUGGGCCGGGCGCCGCCUUCAGGAAAGGGUUUACCUCCGAUGAGAUUAUUAAAUAUUGCGAAUAACAUUGCAUCUGGCAUGCAAUAUCUUGCUUCACAUCAUUAUGUUCACAGAGAUCUGGCGGCUAGGAACUGUUUGGUUUCUGACGAUUUUAUAGUGAAAAUAUCAGAUUUUGGACUGUCCAGAGAUAUCUACAGUUCGGAUUAUUAUAGAGUACAAUCAAAAAGUUUGCUGCCCGUGAGGUGGAUGCCGCCGGAAUCCAUACUCUACGGUAAAUUCACCACCGAGAGCGACAUCUGGUCCUAUGGAGUUGUGCUGUGGGAAAUAUACAGCUAUGGGCUUCAGCCGUAUUAUGGGUAUAGUAAUCAAGAGGUAAUAUCGAUGGUCCGUGGUGGUGAGCUACUAGCAGCGCCGGCGAGUUGUCCCCCUCCUAUGUAUGCUCUCAUGAGGGAUUGUUGGAAGCACACGCCGCAAAGGAGACCUAAUUUCGAGGAAAUUGUUAAUAGAAUCCAAGAAUGGAUAAACAUUGGCGGGUGUCCAGAAACAGCAGUUUCCGAGGCAGGAAGCAGCGGUUUCAGUCACCGGCCAUCCGGGUCCAGCCGCGACUUACAAGAGAGAGUGCCGUUGCUCCCUCCUCACUGCUCCUCUUCCAACGGAUCCCUCGCAACUGGCAGCCUCAAGAAAUUCACCACUGCAGGUUCAAGCUCGAAAGUCACCGAGGAUAACUGUUCCACUUGCAGUGAAGUACCACCCCUUGGUCCCAAAACAAAAAAACAUAGCUCCGGAUCGCUUAUAGACACAGACAAAAUAGGUACGAAAGACACAGUUGUUAGGAUACUACCCAACUCACAGUUCGGAAACGAAAUUUAAGGAUGGUACAAAUCACGGAGUAGUUAGCUAAUGGAGUUAUAACUUUCUCACUUUAUUUAUCAAAGUUGCACCAUCGCCUGUCUGCACUUAUACCUAUCCUUGUGGCCGAUUUUAUAGAUGUGCGUUUUUAAACUCCAUUUGUACACGACUCCUUGGUAGAAUAGAUAGCCAAAAUUCGACAUGUUUUGCUUUAUGCAUUUUACACUUGAAAAUAAGUAUUCUAGUUUAAGAUAGGUUUGUAAAAAGAUGUAGUUUUUGUAACACUUUAGUCUUCAUAUGUUGUUUAUGUACCUAAUUGCGUCGUUCUCCUACCUUAGGCCAUCUUAGGCAUAUUGAGCGAAUAGCCUGUUGAAAGAUUACUUCCAAAUUUUCAAUACUAUGUUUCAUUAUCACAGUUUCAGUUAAUAGGUAUCUUGCCUUUCCUGUAUGUUAACAUGACAAUACAUAUACUGCCGAGUUCGAUUAAUUCAUAAGAUUUCAGUUAUUUCCAUUAGUUCCUUUAUAUUAACAUCGUAAGUGUAGGUUAAUAACGGUUGUGUACUAUAGUGUAAAUGAGUACGUAAUUAUUUUGGCAAACCAAUGUAUAUUAAGUACAUCUAAUUGGCUUUA